CUAAUACAGCUACUUACAUAAUCAUCAAUAUCAAAAAUAUCUACAAUCAAUCUUAUAAUUCCGAAACCGAUUCUAAAUAUCCCGAAAUAUACGCAAGUUGUCCUUCCAAAAGUUCUAUUCAUUUAAAUUAGAUACAUGAUUCUGCUAGUAGAUUGAACUAAGACAUAUAUAUGGUUAUAUAUAACUCAAUGGCUGCAACUUCGGAAGGUGUUCUUCAAGUUUUAUGUGCUGCAAAACCUAGUAUAUCUAAUAUAACUUCAAGGCGUAAGAUUUACAAUAGGAUCUCUGCGUUUAGCCGUAAAUCGGAUCGUAAUGAUCGGUUUAGUUGUUUGAGUUGUAAAUGCCAAAAAAUAGAUAGUGUUCAUGAUGUGGUUAGUGAGAGGAGCGAAACUUUUGUUAACGGUGAUGUGUCUACAAAUGGUAAUGGAGCGUUUAGUAGUAUAUUGGGAUUAGAUGGAAUAAGUUCGUUAGAGGAAGAAGCGUGGGAGUUGUUACGGGCGUCUAUGGUUUAUUAUUGUGGAAAUCCUGUUGGAACUAUUGCUGCCAAUGAUCCGAGUGAUUCUAGUAUACUCAACUAUGAUCAAGUGUUUAUUCGUGAUUUUAUACCGUCUGGGAUAGCUUUUCUUUUGAAAGGGGAGUAUGAUAUUGUACGCAACUUUAUCUUACACACUCUUCAGUUGCAGAGUUGGGAGAAAACCAUGGAUUGUCAUAGUCCUGGUCAAGGAUUGAUGCCUGCAAGUUUCAAAGUGCGCACUGUUCCGCUUGAUGGUGAUGAUUCUGCAACUGAAGAUAUAUUGGAUCCCGACUUUGGUGAGGCAGCCAUUGGUCGUGUGGCACCAGUUGAUUCUGGAUUAUGGUGGAUCAUAUUGUUGCGUGCAUAUGGGAAAUGUACUGGGGACCUUUCUGUUCAAGAAAGAGUUGACGUUCAAACUGGAAUUAAGAUGAUUCUAAAGCUAUGUCUUGCUGAUGGUUUUGACAUGUUUCCAACUCUACUGGUGACUGAUGGUUCUUGCAUGAUAGAUAGACGUAUGGGAAUUCAUGGACAUCCCUUGGAAAUACAGGCAUUAUUCUAUUCUGCAUUACUCUCUGCGAAGGAGAUGCUGAUCCGUGAAGAUGCAUCAGCAGACCUUAUUACCGCGCUUAAUAAUCGUCUCGUUGCAUUGUCAUUUCAUGUUAGAGAAUAUUAUUGGAUUGAUAUGAGAAAGCUUAAUGAAAUAUACCGCUACAAGACGGAAGAAUAUUCAUACGAUGCUGUUAAUAAAUUUAAUAUAUAUCCGGAUCAAAUCCCACCAUGGCUAGUUGAAUGGAUGCCUAAUAAAGGAGGUUAUAUGAUUGGAAACUUGCAACCGGCUCAUAUGGACUUCCGCUUUUUUUCUCUUGGAAAUUUGUGGUCUAUUGUAAGCAGCCUUGCAACACCAGAUCAGUCCCAUGCUAUUCUGGAUCUGUAUGACGCCAAAUGGGGAGAUCUCGUUGGUGAUAUGCCAUUGAAGAUCUGUUAUCCUGCUCUUGAUGGUCAAGAAUGGCGGAUUAUUACAGGCAGCGAUCCCAAAAACACGCCUUGGUCUUACCAUAAUGGAGGUUCGUGGCCAACUUUACUCUGGCAGCUUACUGUUGCAAGCAUAAAGAUGAAUAGACCCGAAAUUGCUGAAAACGCUGUCAAAGUUGCAGAGAGACGGAUAGCAAGAGAUAAGUGGCCUGAAUAUUAUGAUACUAAAAGAGCAAGAUUCAUCGGGAAACAAGCCCGUCUUUUUCAGACAUGGUCCAUUGCUGGAUACGUUGUUGCAAAACAAUUGCUUGCCAAUCCGGAUGCUGCCAAAAUCCUAGUGAACGUUGAGGAUACAGAGCUCGUUAAUGCUUUUUCGUGCAUGAUUAGUGCCAAUCCAAGGAGAAAACGACCACGUAAAGGAAUUAAUCAGAGCUUCAUAAUUUAACUUUUUUAUUUUGGUUUAAGAUAAUCAAGACGUCAACCAUUUGGGACGCUUAAAGUAUCUCCAUACGACUAUACCUAAUGAGUAAUGAAGUAUCCUGGUAUUUCACAGUUGAACCUUGUAUACAUUUUUGUGAUAUGAAAUGUUACGGCUGUAAAUUUUGCA